GACAGCUCCACGAAUUGCGUACCCAGUAGAAUUGAACUCCAGUGACGGGACAUUGCAGUUUGGUGGGGUAGCAAGAGGGCGGAAGUUGAUUCUUCUAAUAGCCAUCAGCGUGAGAACUGUUUCGCCCAUAAUCGGCGCGACCAGGCUUUUUUGAUCGGAGUUGCCAUACAAAGGCCCCGUUCUCUGGCAGAACAUCAUCCUCCUUUACUUUCUCAACCAGAUAUAUUAGAACUCGUUCGAUUACAAAACAAUGGCUGCUACAUUUUCUUAUGCCCAAGCGGCUAAGGGCGUUACCCCUGCACAACCGUCAGCAAAGGCAGCAGAGCCAAAUCAGGCCUUGAAACCAGAGGAGCAGAAUGCCAGCGCUGCUUCUGAAGGCGAAAAUGCCGUGACUUCGAAGACGGAGGCGUCACCGGAAACCGAGAAGGCUCCUGCCAACUCUGACAAGGAAUUGGAAUCCACAGUUGUUGAGGACUUCAAGGAUGUUUCGGGAACUUCCUCUCCCAGUGUGGGCGCUUCUUCGGCCUCGACAUCACCGAAGGAUGAUGAGGGUUCAAAUACACCAAAUGGCACUUCGGAAUCCACAUGGGAUAAGCAGUCUCAAGCCUCGGGAACAGACAAGCAGACCAACGGAGCCGAGAAUACCAAGGAGAAAUCUGCCGAGAAGGAACAGAGCGAGCCUCCGAAAGUGCUUAAGGCUGCUCCUCUUCCAGCAGUAAAUAUAUGGCAACAGAGGAAGGAGGCCCAAGAAGCCAAGGCUAAAACCUUGAAGCCCGUUGGACCUGCUGCCAAAACUGGAACUUCGAAGACCACUUCUGCGGCUUCUUCGGUCUCUGGGGACGCUCAGCAAGAGCAGUCGAAGGCUGGCUCGAAGAAGAAGGGAGGGGAUGCCGAAGGUGCUAAGGAUAGGAAAUCCAAGGGACGCGAUGAUGCUGCAUCCCUUCCUCCCGUAGCGGACGCCACUAUGUGGCCCACACCUCACAGUGCCCAGGGUGAAGAGAAGAAGAAGACUGAGAAGAGCCCUGUCAUCCGCCCCUCUGGCAAAGAGAAGUGGAUGCCAGUUCCUUACGUGCCUUCUGCUGUUUUCACUACCCCUCUCCCUUCUGCUGCCCGUCGAGGCGGAAGAGCUCCUCGUGCUGGAAGGGACAGCGCUCGCAAUGGAACCCAUGGUUCUACCGCUGCCGCUGAUAAGGCUACUGCUGGCCAAGUAGCCCAAGGCUCAACCACCAAGCAGGCUUCGCCCGCUGAGAGGGGAAGGAACGAGCCUAACUCAGCUCGCGCGAACUCGCUCCCUGCCCCGUCCAGGCGUUCCAACAGCGCCGAUACUGGACUGCCAGACUCACGUAAGAACCAAGCGGCGGACCGAAGCCGUGGACCUAAGGGUACUGAGAAUGCCAACGCCCCGCCAGCUGGUAAGCAUGGUAACGGAGGUGACAACUUCCCCCGUCAUCACCGUGAGGGCAAGGGAUUCUCCAGGAAUCACGACGCAGCACACAAGGGUGGCGACCACACCUCCAAAAACCCGCACUUGCCUGCGGAUGCACAGGCUAACCCUCGCUCAGGCUCAUCCAACGACCGUCGCUUUGAGAACGGCCCCAAGUCUGCCGACUUCGGCGGCUUUCAUGAUCGCAAGGACAAGGAAUUUCCCCGUAGUGACAGAGGCCGUGGCUCCCACCGUGGACGUGGUGGUUUUGGCGGUCCUCAGAACUCUCACUAUCCUAACAACCAUGUGUCACAUAAUGGUUUCAUGCACCCGAAGUCCUUCGGCUUCAGCGAGCGCCGGUCGCAGCAGCAUAACUCUGGAGGCCACAGGAUGGCUUUGAGGUCGCCGUCAUUGCCAAAUUCUGGCUCCGUGUACGGUGUCUACCCUUACCCUGCUGAUCUCAAUACCAUGUAUGGUUACCAGCCGGUGCAUCCUGGCCCCAUGACAGCUGUCCCCUAUCAGCAAUAUAUGGAGCCUUUCUCCCUCAUGGGAAUGAUAUCGAUGCAGCUUGAGUACUACUUCUCCGUUGAUAAUCUCUGCAAAGAUCUCUUCCUCCGGAGACACAUGGACGCUCAGGGCUACGUGCCAUUGACUUUCAUCGCUGGUUUCAAGAGAAUCAAGACCCUGACCGAAGACUUUGAGCUGCUUCGCCAUGUCUCUCGUCAACUAAGAAACGUCGAGUAUCUGCAGAAUGAGGAUGGUGUUGAUCGACUCCGUCCAAGAGAAAAAUGGGACCAGUGGGUCCUUCCUGUCGAGCAGCGUGAACCCACCGCUCAGCAUGAGGGUCCUAGCAAGUCCGAUGAGAGUGCCGCAGCCCAGAACCAUGUUAAUGGCGCAGUGAACGGAUCGGCACAAAUAGUCAAUGGAACUAGUGAAGGCCCAGUCUCGAAGACGUCAUUGUCUUCCGCCGCCCCGGAGUUUUCGCCUUCUAAGGGCGUGGAAGUCCAAAACGAAACUGCAACUUCUGCCAAUUAGCUGCUUUCCGUUAUGAGCCUUACCCCUUGUCCCAGAGUUGCUGCAGUUAAACUUCUAGUCAGGAUAUGAGCUUUGUUAAACCCAGCGUGGAACAGCUGGGCUCCCAAAUGUGUCACUGAAGUCAAUCUGCUG